AAGCCCAAGGGCCCCGCGUGCGAGGCGUGCUUCUUGAAGCAGAAGGACGGCUUCGCCUUCCUGACGUUUGCGGAGUUCGUGAAGCUCGAGAAGACCCCUGAGGGCAAGAGGGCCAUGGAGCAGGUGGCGGCCCUGCAGAGUGGCGGAAGCGCUACGUGGGCGCCCGCAGGGGCGACUGAUGACCACAGCAUCGAGAUCAAGAUCUCCAGGAAGGCAGUCGUGAUGAACAGCACUGAGUACACGAAGAUCAUUGGGGCCGCGAGGGGCGUGAGGCACCCUGCUCUUCCUGAGAUGACCAUCCCGCGCGAGGAUGGCGAUGGCGAUGAGACAGUGUACGUCUUCAAGCAUCCGUACUCCCCCCAUCGUGAGAUUGAGGUCUCCACGGUGCUGCGGUCCACCAGCUCGGCCAGCCACCUCGAUCGCGCUUCCAACGUCUUCGAGGACCAAGCUCGCAUGAUCGUCCAGCAGCUCGUCGAUAAGCGCAACAAGCAGGUUGGCAUGACCAUGUUGCUGCAUCCCACUGCGCCCUUGCGGACGCCCCAGUACGUUCGAGACAAAGUUCAGCGAGCUGGAACCUUUGGGAGACGGUCGGGCGAGCCCAAGGCGGGUGACGCUUGUGAAGAAGACGCCUCCGAUGCGUCAGAUCCCAUUGAGACCGACAAUGAGCCCGAGUGUGAAGGGGGCAAGCGCCAGCGCACUGGUACCGCUUCGGGGGCACUUUCACCUGCGGUGGCUGCGACUCCGAAGUUCCCGCAUCCGACGGCGCCGAUGGUGACGACCCCCAAGGCCAAGGCCUUUGCUGAGCCGCCACGCAUGUCGCCAGCGCACAUGUCGGCGGCUGCCUCUGCAGUCAGCAGCGCCCGACUCCCCGAGCCGUCGCCGACGCGGUCUGCCGUGGCCCGCUCCAGCGUCGGCGGCAGUUUUGACGGUGGCGGCUGCGGCUCUGACAUCGGCGACUCAGUCAGCCAGCUAGCCGACGGCGAUGAUGAGGAUGAAGAUGGCGACGCGGGCGGUGACUGGGACAGCAACGAGACGCUCUACGCGAGGUGGAAGCGCAAGCUGUCCUUGAAGGCCGUGGUCAAUGGCCAGAAGUUGCAGCGCCAGGUUCGGUUCGCAGAGAAAGCACUCGUCAAGAUGAGCCCGAGCGACUCCGCCAGGAUGAGCGCGCACUUGAGCCAAGUUGAGAAGGUGAAGCAGGUUGCCCCAGGACGGAUCAUUUCGGCGGGGAAGUCUGCUCGCGAGGAGGCUUACGCCAUCUUGACUGCCAACGCCAUCCCGCUCCCUGUGGAGAGUCAGUGUGCGCUGCUAUCGGAGACCGUUGCGGCUUUGAAGCAGAGCUGCUGGGUGCGUGGUGACUUCUUCCCGCUGGUUGCGAAGAUGUCCUUCGGAAUGGAAACGCCAAUGCCGUUUGACCCUCUGAACCCGACCUUGAAUUCCAUUUCGGAUAUGGACCCGCAGACCAAGAAGCACAGUUUCCAAACAGUUCUUUUGGAGGAGACUUUCUGCGAAGCCCUUCUCAAGGGGAAGGCGGAGCUGGGUACCGUGAUGGCCUUCGGGAGAGCGUACACGUCUUUCUUGGAGGAUAAGUUGGCCGAGCAGGAGGAUGACUUUGACCUGGCAGACGGGUCGAAGUUCACAAAGUUCGUGGCUGCCAGUCUGGACAUCGUCCGCGCCGUGAUGGCCAUGCCCACGCUUACCGUCCAGUCCGUUGUGGAGCACGCAGAGGAGGUCCAAGGAUUGAAGGUGGCGGCCGAGAAGUCUUCGAACACUUUGCGUGGUGCUGUCGGGCAGGUGCUUAUGGCGAACGACUUCUGGGUCGUGCUUGUGAACGCCUUUUUGGACGCCAAGGUUACAUGCAAAGCGAACUACCAGCAGAUCUCGGACGGCGUCGAACGCGUUGAGUCGAUUACGCACGCCUCACUAUCUGCUGACUUUGCCGCCGACUUGGUUAAGCUGGAAGCUGAGUCGGGGCAGGUCGCGUACUACCGCGAGAUACUGCCUGAGGGAUCCUUCGCCGAGCUCGAAAGGGUGGUCUCCGAGAAGGUGACGGCCGCGUAUGAGCACUUCAAGGACUGCGCCUCGAAGGACAGCGUCUACCCAAGCAAGUUUGGCAAUGCAAUGCAGAAGGCACUGACGGAAGCCUCGAUCGCGUACACUUUGGAUACAAACAUGGCCUCUAUGAUUGACCAAGUGGCCCAGCAGGUGGCCGAGUCGACACACGAGUCAUCCAUCAAGAGCUUCACGGACGUUUGCUCCAAGAUCGCUUCCCAUGAUGGCAAGGUCGAUUGCGAUGAGAUGCUUAAAUUGUACAGUGAUCUCAAGACUUGCUUCGGGAACGCGUCGUCUCAGAGCAAAAGGAAGGGUUGGGGCGAUGCUGACCCAGUACAGGAUGCGUGCAAAACCAUCCUCAACAAGUGCAUCGCCGACGACGUCUCCCCAGAGAAAGCUGAGAAGGCCUUGGAGGCCGCGAGGGUUACAUCAGACGUUCUUCAAGCGAUCGCCUCUGUGCCUGGGAACUCACAGAACCCGAACUCGACGCAGAACUUCGAGGUCGACCAGGUCGCACUGAUGUUGAGGGUCCGCAGGACCAUCGCCGAGCAUGCUUCCACGGACAAGGAGACGUUGCUGACUAGAGAGACGGACACUGGCACCAUUCUACCACAGCUGCGCUCCGAGGUGCACGAUGUCGCGGUGUUCCUGGACAGCAUCAAUGCCAUUUCAGAGAAGGACCUCACUGCCGAUGGCUACUGGGCGAAGGAUGUGUGGCUCGCAUGCGUCAAGGUCUCGACGGAUGCGUCUACGUUCAUGUCUGACAUGGCUGCCUCCGCUGACCAGGCCUUCCGCGACGCGUGCGAGCAGUCCAUGGUGAAGAUGGAGACCGCAAUCAAGCAGGUAACGCCCGAACAAGAUAAGUGGGACCAGCUGGUGGCGAAGAAGCGCCAGUGGCAGAAGAUCGCAGGACAAGCGGCGGAGAUUUUCCAGCAUUACAAGAAGGACGGCGGCGAGGAUGAGAUCAAGGCCAUGACCACCGCAGUGGGCCACUAUCAGCAGGCGUGCAAAGCCUACAACAAGACUGUGGACAUAGACAAGGUCAACGGCUGGAAGAAGGCCGUAAACUCCGCGGUGAUGCUCAUCGUGUGCGCCUCCAUGACUAUCGCCCUCACGAAGGAGGGGAGCUCGACGGUCGCGAUCCGCGACGAUGUGAAGUCUGCGACGGGGCUGCUGAAGCUCGCCUACGGCCUCCAGGCGAAGGACUUGCCGACGCCGCUGCUGGUCCGCUCGCAGGAGGCCCUCAGGCUCCGUUGA